AUGUAUGCCGUCAUACGCCAGCUGUUUUUGACGGAAUGUCGGUGCGCGGGAGAGGCGCCCACCCCGUACGAGGAGCUGUUCGCCAAGCUGGACACCAACAAGGAUGGGAAAGUGGAUGUGUCCGAGCUUAGGGCGGGCCUGGCCUCCAUGGGCAUCAAAGCUGGGAAAGGGGCUGCUCAGAAAAUCAUUGCCUCAGGAGACCAAGAUCAAGAUGACAGGCUGGACUUCAGUGAGUUCACAAAGUACCUGAAGGAGCAGGAGAAGAAAUUGCGACUAACCUUCAAGAGCCUGGAUAAAAACAACGAUGGUCGAAUAGACUUCAUAGAAAUAAAGCAGUCACUUGCUGAUCUGGGACUAGAAAUCAGCAAAGAGGAUGCCAAGAAAAUCCUUCAAAGUAUUGAUGUGGAUGGCACAAUGACUGUGGACUGGAAUGAAUGGAGAGAGCAUUUCCUGUUAAACCCAGCCGCCAACCUGCAGGAGAUUAUCCGCUACUGGAAGCACACCACGGUUCUGGAUAUUGGUGACAGCCUCGCCAUCCCAGAUGAGUUCACGGAGGAGGAGAAAACGACUGGCGUGUGGUGGAGGCAGCUUGCAGCUGGCGCAGUGGCAGGCGCAGUGUCCCGCACAGGAACUGCCCCCCUGGACAGGAUGAAGGUCUUCAUGCAGGUGCAUUCCUCCAAGAGCAAUAAAAUCAGCCUGGUAGGUGGUUUUAAGCAAAUGUUGAAAGAAGGAGGAGUGGCAUCUCUGUGGAGAGGGAACGGAGUUAAUGUGCUGAAGAUUGCUCCUGAAACAGCCAUUAAGUUCAUGGCUUAUGAGCAGUAUAAGAAGCUGCUGUCCAGUGAACCAGGGAAGAUCCAGACCCAUGAGAGGUUCAUGGCAGGAUCUCUGGCUGGAGCCACAGCACAAACUGCCAUCUACCCCAUGGAGGUGAUGAAAACUCGACUGACACUGAGGAAAACUGGACAGUACUCAGGAAUGUUUGACUGUGGCAAGAAAAUCCUGAAGAACGAGGGAGUCAAGGCUUUCUAUAAGGGCUACAUUCCCAAUAUUCUGGGCAUCAUCCCGUAUGCAGGGAUAGACCUGGCAGUGUAUGAGAGCUUGAAGAACUUCUGGUUGUCCAAAUAUGCCAAAGACAGUGCAAACCCAGGUAUUCUGGUGCUGCUGGGCUGUGGUACCAUCUCUAGCACCUGUGGCCAGCUGGCCAGCUACCCACUGGCUCUCAUCCGCACCCGAAUGCAGGCACAAGCGUCUGUCGAGGGCUCGGAACAGCUUCCGAUGAACAAGAUGGUGAAGAAGAUCCUCGAAAAGGAGGGCUUCUUUGGACUUUAUCGUGGUAUCCUGCCUAAUUUCAUGAAAGUCAUACCAGCUGUGAGCAUCAGCUAUGUUGUAUAUGAGUACAUGCGAUCGGGCCUUGGUAUCCAGUAG